GUAUCACAGCUGAUACCCUUUUGUUUAUUAUUUAAAAAGCAAGUUUUUAAAUGGGCAGGACUUCGAAGGAUAAACGGGACAUAUUCUACCGCCUGGCCAAGGAGCAGGGAUGGCGUGCACGGAGUGCUUUCAAACUGCUUCAGGCGGAUGAGACAUUUCAAUUGCUAGAAGGUCUAACCCGAGCCGUGGACCUCUGUGCCGCUCCUGGCAGCUGGUCACAGGUACUGGCCAAACGCAUGUACGAGCCUCUGACGCCGGAGGAGCGGGAAAAGGUUAAGAUCAUUGCCGUAGACCUGCAGGGAAUGGCUCCGAUCGAAGGAGUCAAGCAACUGCGGGCGGACAUCAGCAAGGAGUCGACAGCCGAGGCCAUAAUUGAGUUCUUUGGCGGCGAGAAGGCACAGAUUGUUGUUAGCGAUGGCGCUCCCGAUUCCACUGGAAUGCACGACUUUGACUCGUACGUUCAGGGCGAACUACUUCUCUCCGCCCUCAGCAUAUCCACCUUCAUACUGGAAGAGGGAGGCUCCUUCGUGUCCAAGAUCUAUCGGGCAGACAGGACCAGUCGGUUGUACACUCAGCUAAAGCGGUUCUUUAAGGACGUAUGCGUAUUCAAGCCCUCCGCCUCUCGCAACUCCAGCAUUGAAGCUUUCGUGGUGGCCCGAAAGUUUUGUUUGCCCGAUGGCUUCAAGCCCUGCAACCUGACUACCGAAUGGCACGAUCAUCCCGAGUCGUGGGUGGGCAGAAAGAAGGAGAGCCCGUCCGUGGUUCAAGUUCCCUUUGUUGCCUACAAGGGCGAGUUGGACUCGGAUCGUACAUACGAUUUGGGCGAGAACUAUGUGUACAAAGAGCCAGUGCAGCAACCCUUAACUGCCGCCUAUCAGGACAUCCUGCAGAAAACGAGCCAAGUGAACAUAAAAUAUGAAGGCAUUCGCGUUAUUCACAACGAGGAAAUUUUAAACGAUUGGUUAGCAAAUGAUGAGAAUAAUAGAAAAAAUAAGUCUGAGAAGUUAGGUGUCUGAGUAACGUAAAUAAAAGCUUUAAAAAA